AAAAAAAAAGUGACGAGAGUUGCCAUUGGAAAUGUGCCGGUGCUCAUGUGACCUUUCUAGCCGACGCCGGCAUUACUUGGUCCGGAAUCCCGGGUGGCGCUAAACCUGGCUGGGCAGCGAAGCUAGGAAGGAGCCAGGGUGACCCCUGCUGACCUCGGGCACUUGCCUCUGGAUGUGGAAGGGGAAAUUCAUGAUCUUCUUCGCACACUACGCGCACACCACCACCACCGUUUCCAACCAAUCUACCGCGCGCAGAUCCGCCGUCUCAUCCCCCCUCCCCCCCCACGAAAACGGUACAGCCCGAGCCGCCUCCGGAUUCCAAUGGAAAGGAUCCCGACAUAGAGACACGGCGUAGGCAUUGGUGGGUUCCGAGCACGCCCUCCCAUCUGCCCGGCAGCCAUGGCUCCCAGAUGUUCGCCAGGGUCCGGCAUAUUCCUCCCUUUCCUGUACCCGUCGCUUUUCCGAUCCACCUCCGCUCCCAUCGCCCCUCGCGUAGGCCGGGCGGGCAUAACCACCUUAUACUCGAGCUCGGAUGCGGCCCCGGACCGUAAGAGCACCGAGCCGUCCUCCUCGAGCGACAGCCUCCCCCUCUCGCGUCUAAACCCGGCCCCCGGCGACUACACCAUCUCCACCUUCUCCGACAAGGCCCAGAUCAUCGCGCAUGCCGGCCGCGGCGGUAAUGGCUGCAUCUCCUUCCUACGCGAGGCCUACUUCCCCGACGGUCCCGCCGACGGCGGAGACGGCGGCCACGGCGGUAAUAUCUACAUCCAGGCCGUCCACGGCGAGAGCUCGUUGCACAAACUCGUCCGCCGGAAUACCCUGCGCGCUGGCCACGGCAGGACUGGCAAAGGUAGCAACUGCGGCGGUGCCCACGGCGAGAACCUCGUCAUCCAGGUCCCCGUCGGCACCGUCGUCCGGGAGAUCGAGCGCAUAGACCCUACGAUCGAGGAGAACAUACGGUAUCACGAGGCGCGAAAGAAGCGACGCGAAUACGAUAGGCUAGUCCAGGAGGCCGAGGCGGCGGCAGCGGCGGCGGCGGAAGCAAACGGCGACACAGGACACACGUUCCAUCCCGGCCCGGAUUUUCCGGAGGCCCCCGAGCACCCGAACCUGCGCAAGUUUUUACUCUACCCGGGCAUCUCGAGCAGCGAACGGCAGAGCCUGGCGCUGCCGCGCCUGCCGCGGCGCGACCGGCUGUACAUGCAGCCGGAGGCGCCCAUCCACCUGGACCUGUCGACGCCGACGCCGCAGCCGAUCCUGCUCGCCGUCGGCGGGGUCGGCGGGCUGGGCAACCCUCACUUCGUGUCCAAGGACCGGCCGCGGCCGGUGUUCGCGACGCGCGGCGAGAGCGCCGUCAGCAUCCGGCUCGAGCUCGAGCUCAAGCUGCUCGCCGACGUUGGCCUCGUCGGCCUGCCCAACGCCGGCAAGAGCACCCUGCUCCGCGCCGUCACCCGCAGCCGUGCCCGUGUCGGCAACUGGGCAUUCACCACCCUCCAGCCCAACAUCGGCACCGUCGUCCUCGACAACCACCGCGGCCGCCCCGCCCUGCCGCUGCCGUCCAAGGACGGGCGCUCCGCGGCCCCGCAGCACGCCGUCGUCAACGACGCGCGCUACGGCCCCGUCGUGGUGUCUUCUUCCCGCUCCCGCUCCCGCUCCCCAUCCUCCUCCUCUCCUUCCCCUUCUUCUUCCACUCAUCACCUCGUCGCCGACGACUUCGACUCCCCAGGAGCAGAGCAGGGCACGCCGCGGACCCGCUUCACCAUCGCCGACAUCCCGGGGCUCAUCCAGGGGGCGCACCUCGACCACGGCCUCGGCAUCGAGUUCCUGCGGCACGUCGAGCGGGCCGGCGUGCUCGCCUUCGUCGUCGACCUGAGCGCCGGCGACGCCCCCGCGGCGCUGCGCGCCCUCUGGACCGAGGUCGGGCUGUACGCGCGCAUGCGCGACAGCGAGGAGCGCGACCGCCGGGCGGCGGCCGCGCGCGCCGAGCGGCUCGGCCGCGGGGAUCCGGCGGCGGCUCGGCCCCGCGGAGGCCUGGGCUCGAUGGCGGUCGCGGAGCCCGAGCCCGAGCCGCCGAGGUCGGCCUGGGACAGGCCCGACGAGGAGUCGGAGCCGGAGUCGGGCGGGCUGCACAUCGCGGCCAAGCCGUGGUUCGCCGUCGCGACCAAGGCCGACCUGCCCGGCACCCAGGACAACUACGCGCGCCUCAAGGAGUACCUCGACGCGGUGACGGACCGGCGCGAGCCGCACCCGAGCGGCGUCGCCGGCGCGUGGACCGAGGACUGCGCCGCCAUCCCCGUCAGCGCCAUCCACGGGCACGGCGUCGACCGCAUCGUGCGCUGGAUCGUCGAGCUUCUCGACGGCAGAUGAAAAAAAAAAAAUUUGCGGACGGACAAACGGACGGACGGACACAACGGGGGGCCGAAUCAAGGCGCGCACGGGGGACGGAGGGACGGGUACGUGAAUUCCAAAGACACGACCAGUCUAGUAUUGUCUUGUAUAUCGCACGUGCGUAUAUGUACAUACAUCUACCACUCGAACACGCGGGAGCGCAGACGAACAACCCUUUAGCUACCUGUACCGUGUAUAGAAGGGGGAACCAAUCGAGA